ACACACUGACCAUGGCAUCUGAAAAGCCGGUACUUUAUAGCUAUUUCCGAAGCUCCUGCUCUUGGAGGGUGAGAAUUGCACUGGCUCUGAAAGGGAUUUCCUAUGACCUGGUGCCAGUGAACCUCGUGAAGGAUGGGGGGCAGCAGUUUUCUGCUGAAUUCAAAACGGUGAAUCCGAUGCAGCAAGUCCCAGCUUUGAAAAUUGAUGGCAUCACCCUUUCCCAGUCGCUAGCUAUAAUUCAUUACCUAGAAGACACCCGUCCUAACCCCAGACUUCUGCCCCAAGAUCCAAAGAAGAGAGCCCAGAUCAGAAUGAUUGCUGAUCACAUUGCCUCUGGCAUUCAGCCACUUCAGAACCUGGUCGUCCUCAAAAAAAUGGGGGAGAAAAAAACAGAAUGGGCUCAGAACUGCAUCACGUCUGGCUUCCAAGCGCUGGAGCAGAUUCUGCAGCACACUGCUGGGCGCUACUGUGUGGGGGAUGAAGUCUCCAUGGCUGAUCUGUGCUUGGUGCCUCAAGUUUUCAAUGCUGAAAGAUUCAAAGUGAACAUGGAUCCAUAUCCCACAAUAACCAGAAUAAACAAAGCUCUCUUGGAGUUAGAGGCAUUCAGAGUAAGCCACCCAUCCCGACAGCCAGAUACUCCUGCAGAGCUGCGAGCUUGAAGCCCUUUUAUACUCAGUAAACCAAGUCAGCUGGAGUGUCAGAGGACAAAACCUACAGCCGUCCUUCAGCAGUAGGACUUCAGUGCCAGCAGGAAGCCCUAAUACUAUUGUCUCACUUUG